AGUCUCAAGUCUCAACUCCACUCCCCACGUACUGUUUGCAAAAGCUCUGGUGACUGGUGAAGAUCCCGGGCGAUUCCUCUGAUUGAUUUCAUCAUGGGCGGUGGGGGCAAUGACGGCGACGGCGACUGGGCGGUGCUGCCCUGCCCUCCCCUUGCCGAAGUUACGCUUGCUCUGGUCGGGAAAAUCGGUACUGGGAAGAGCGCCACCGCAAAUUGCAUCCUCGGAAAGGAAGCAUUUGCGUCGGAGCGCUCCUAUUUAAGCGUCACUGAAACUUGCCAGAAAAGUAGCACGACAUUCCAAGAUGGCUGUGUCACCCGCACUGUGAACGUUAUUGACACUCCAGGCUUAUUUGACAUGGAAAUUUCGAUUGAAGAUGCACGUAAAGAGAUUGUCAAGUGUAUAGAGAUGAGUAAGCAUGGCAUCCAUGCAAUGCUUAUGGUAUUCUCUGCUGAAGCACGAUUUUCUUGUGAAGAGCAGGAGACUGUUGAGUCGAUUAAACUUUUUUUUGGUGAUAAAAUCCUUGAUCACAUUAUACUAGUUUUCACACGUGGAGAUGAAGUAGGGGACGAGGUUGCUUGGAAGAAAAUGCUAGCUGGGAGAUCCCCUAAAUAUCUCAAGAACAUGUUAAAGCUGUGUCAAAAUAGGGUUGUUCUCUUUGACAACAAGACCAGUAAUAUGGAGCACCGUGAUAUGCAACGGAAAAAAUUGCUUGAUGUAGUUGACUCUGUUAUAUCAAAUAACUGUGGCAGAGUCUUUUCCUAUCAGAUGUCCCCUAACAUUCAGAAAGUUCAUGACAGACAUGAUGAGGUUAGUGUUGAUGGAUAUUCUGCAGAAAUGAUUAAUGAGCAGCUGACACAUAUCACUAAGACGGUUGAUGAGAAUCUGAACAGUACAGAAGAGGAGAUCCGAAGGCUCAGGGAGAGCCUGGAAAAAUCUCAAAAGGAGCAUGAUAAUGUUCAACAGGAAAUUGCGAAUGCAGAGAAUUUGAAAAGGCUAGAUCACGAAAAGCAUAAUGAGCAGAAAGAGGAGUUUAACAAACUUAAAGAGGAACUGGAGAAAGAAAGGCAGGAAGCAAAGAAACGCACAGAACAAGAGAUCAAGAGGCUCAUGGAGAGCCUUGAGAAGGCUAAUUCAGAAAAAGAAAACUACAAAAGUAUGUACGAGAAGAAGUGCAUCAUUAUGUAA